UUCGCACGAACAGCCACUACAGUAAAGUAGAGUUCUGCCAGAACAAGAAUGUAGCUGACCUAUUUCUCGGCUUCGCCAUGAAAAGACGGUAAUCCCAAAAGCCAGACAGCGGUCACGGGAGCCAUGUCACCUCACAACAUAGUUGACGGAUGUAAACUGGUUGCCGUUCUCACGCUUUGGCUUGGUCCCUGUGCUGGAGUCAAACACACAGGUGGUGCUGAUGCAGCAGAGCGCCGAGAGCACACCACACACAGCUCUGUUGGGUUGGGGGAGGUUGUCUUGGUGAUCCAGAGUCAGAGGAACUCCUACCACGCCCGUCGAGCUGGUCAGAGGAAGGUGGAGAUUCUGCAGCAGGCAGCUGAACUGGGACAGGGCGCUCCAGUUGUUCUUCUCCUCCAUGAGCUUUCAGAGUUUGACGGGGACUGGAGCAUCCUCCCGGCACUUCCUCAUCUCUCUGCCACUUAUGGUCAAUCAGCAUCCUGGUUUUUCUUCAUUGAGGAGGAGACCAGAGUCACGCUGUCUGCUCUGCUGCACGUCCUCAACAGAUAUCCAGUACAAUACGAAUGGUUUUUGGGAAAGCGUCUUCAUGACAAGGAGGCUUCAAUCAUUCACCACUAUGCCUUCUCUGAAGACCCCUGCUCCUUCGGUUACCCCGACCCCGCAGCAGGCUGGGCUCUCAGCACGCCGCUGCUCCACAGACUUGCUGCGAGGGUCCAAUACGAACCUCUGAAGUCUGAUUUCUCCAUUGAUUUGAAACACGAGAUCGCGUUGUUUAUUUGGGAGGAAGGAAACGGUCCGAAGCUGACAGCAGUUCCAGAGUUUUGCACAGAGGCAAGAGACGACGACUGUGCCUCCACAUUUGCGACCUACCUGCCCAACUGUGGAGAUCCAGUUUCAGAGAAAGAUGUUUUUGUUGCUGUGAAAACGUGUGCAAAGUUCCACUCAGACAGAGUCCCGGUGGUGAAAGCAACCUGGGAGAAAGACGCUGCAUUUUUAGAAUAUUACAGCGAUGUCACUGAUGCAUCCAUACCCACAAUCAACCUUGGAGUGCCCAAUACUGAGAGAGGGCAUUGUGGGAAGACAUUUGCAAUCUUGAGGCGGUUCCUGAGCCAAGCUGUGCCCAGAGCUGAUUGGCUGCUCAUUGUUGAUGAUGAUACACUCGUCAGUUUAUCCAGGUUGAGACGACUUCUGCGUUGCUACAACCCGAAGGAAGCAGUGAGCCUGGGGGAGAAAUACGGCUAUGGCCUGGUUCAGAAUGGAUACAGCUACACGACAGGAGGAGGAGGGAUGGUGCUCAGCAGGGUGGCAGUGUCCAGGUUAGUCUCCAGUGGUUGUGGCUGUUUCAGUGAUGACGCUCCUGAUGACAUGGUGCUGGGCAGGUGCUUCACUUCAAUGGGUGUUCCCAUCACUCACAGCCCGCUUUUCCACCAGGCCCGACCAGACGACUAUUCAGAGACACUGAUCUCCUCGCAGCAGGCCGUCUCAUUCCACAAGCACUGGAACAUAGACCCUGUGGCCGUCUACAAACACUGGCUGCAGGACACACACCCUCGGGAUGAGCUGUAGAAACACUGUGUAAACAACAGAGGACACGAGAUGUCUGUGAGACCACGCAGGAUUGGAGUUAGUCUCUCUGUGCAUCACAUGGAAGGGACAGGACAGAAACAAGUCCAACAGAGUGGGCGGUGCAGAAUACUUAUAACAAGAAGUCAGUUUAAUUCAACAUUUUAAAAACAGUUCUUUAUGUUACACAAAGAUCAGUCAUUUCUGUUUUCAAUCAUUUCUUUCUUCCUAAUCUAUGAGUAGUUGCAGGUGGGUUGCAGCCUGACUCGUGCAUUAAGCAUGAGGAUUUAGGAUUGUAUGGGUUGGGUUUGAUACAUAUAGCUUGUUUUGAGGGCCAGCGUCUCCUUCCAGUUGUUGCAAAUGGUACAAAAACAUAUACUUUAGAAACACAAGUCUCUGAAGUGCAGGCUGGUGUUAUCACUGUAUCUACUAUUACAGCAGCUAGUAUUGAAUAGGCUCUCUAUCACUUAUUAGAUGGGGCAGGGUUCUUCACCCUCUAAGCCAAGAAGAUGAAGGAGAAGCAGUCAGAGCAAGCUCGUCAGACCUUUUGACAAUGUCUUUCUAUUUUAAACUUAACGAUAUGUCCCACAGAAAAUGUAAUUUCAGGGGACAUAAAGCUUGUUUGUAGGGGCCAAUUGGCUAGAGACUUACGCUUGUGGCUGUUUUUAGGGUUCGGACAGACUCGAUUAUUUUGCUCCGAAAAAGGCCUGGGAUGGGACAGGUUUGUUUGGGCUGAAAUGGGAUGUGGCAGGAUUAAGACUACUCCUAUGUUUGCCAUCUUUUGUAGACUUUAUGUUAACUUUACUGUGAAAACACUGAAUCCAAAUGUGCACAGCAGCUAAGAGCGUGAAUAAAAAAAGCAGCAGCCCUACACAAACUGUAACUCCUCAGGAACCAGGCAGGCACACAAAUUGUGCAAUAGAUAUUUUUGCCUCUGCCAGAUGUUCGAGGAUGUGAUUCCGUUGAACAUGCAAAAGGAGGACAGAAUUUGUGUUUCAAGCAUUACUGCAUCACUUGUGUAUUCAAAGUUCAGCCACACUGGUUGCUGCUGCUUUGAUUGUCUGAGAGGAUGUUGAGUAAUAGUAAUCUAUUUCUCACUAGGAGUAAUUCAGUGUUUUAGUGACAGGUUAAAUAUGUGUACGGUUGUUUAAUUACAUUAAUUAUGUAGUGAGGUGAGUCCCAUUGAGGUUGGAAAAGCAAUGGAAGCAGCAGAAAAAAACAACAAACAAAAUGAGACAACUGCCUAAUAGCAACGCCUUUAAAAACAUUUCAUUGUCUUGUGUCGCCAGUACUGUAUUGGCUCGAGUGUGUGCGCAUGUGUGUGUGUGUGUGUGUGUGUGUGUGUGUGUGUGUGUGUGUGUGUCUGUAUUAUGGUUGUUCUGAUUUUUUUUUAGUUCCGCAAGCAAGUAUGUAUUUUUGAUACAUCCUGUUUGCAUCUUCUCCACAUUGCGUGAGUCUAACUGAGGUAGUUUCAGUAUAACUUUGUAUUAUUGUAUUCCUGUUCUGUGAACAGAAAUUGGGUAAGUCAGUGUGGAUGUAAAAGUAAUUACGGAGACAGACAUAAGCCUUCAUUAAAAUUCAUUUUUGCACCUGGAUUUUGAGAGUGCCUGCUGAAAACCUGUUAUUUCUUUGAUGGAAACUACACUUUUGGAAUACAUUUCAAAUAAAGAGCCAACUCUUUUUGUGAAUCCCAUUUUCAAGCAGCGGACUGACAAGAGUUGAGGGUGACAUGCUGUUUUAGGAAACACACAAAAAGAAACACAAAUUGAUGUCUGCCUUCCUCCACUUUUCAUCUGAGGAAUAAUUACGCACACAGACAGACACAGUCAGAGUUUACUCCUCUUGAAUGAACCAUUGCCAAAUUUUUGACUUGAAGUUUUAGUAAACAAGAUCUGCUUCAGCGUUAAAAUAAGGGUUGCUACAAAUGUAUUAGAACAAGUUUUUCAUGAGUUGUCACUUCAUGAGUUGUCAUUUUAAGCCAUUUCUCGUACAAUGUUGGGUGAUGAUGAGGCUUCUAUGUCUCUGGAUAAUUGUACUGAUCCUUCAUUAUAUUUAAAGACAUCCAGCUUCUCCUUUUGUCUGUGUUUCUUUCCUUUUUUCUGGACUUUUCACACUCAUUGAGACCAGAAUCACAAAAGCUGUGGCGUGAAGUGCCUACCUAUUAUGUCACUGUGACACUGUUACCAUAGUAACAGGGGUACAGCCCACAGUGAGAGACCCGUAAAGUUUCUCA